AUGACCACGGGCAUUGUUCGGAGCUUAGGAGUGGGUAGAUUCAUUGAAUGGGGAGCUAUAGACUCAAGGGGUGCAGCCGGAGGAAUAGUGGUGAUAUGGGACAACAGGAUGCUGGAGUUGGUUGACAUGCAAAAAGGAUUGUUCUCUAUUACGUGCACUUUUAAGAGCUGCGAGGAUGGUUUUAUAUGGACGUUUACUGGGGUUUAUGGGCCAAUUUUAAGGAGGGAGAGGGAGAGUUUUUGGGAAGAGCUGGGGGCCAUUAAGGGGCUUUGGAAUGGGCCGUGGAGGGAGAUUGAACUCAAUUAUGAGAAGGUUCGCAGAAGUGAAAGAAGAUCUGGAGUUAAAGGACCUGCCCAUGGUGGGGGCCCUUUUACAUGGACUGGAGGAGCGGGUAAUCAGUCUUCUUCAAGGUUGGAUCGUUUUCUGGUUAAUGAGGAGUGGGAUAGCCAUUUUGGAGAUGCGAGGCAGUUUCUCCUUCCAAGACCCGUGUCCGAUCACUUCCCGAUUCUUAUGGAUGGUGGGGGUAUGAGAAGAGGCCCUAUCCCGUUUAGAUUCGAGAAUAUGUGGUUGAAAGCUGAAGGUGUCAAGGAUCUUCUGAAGCAAUGGUGGGAGGAAGGCAGAUUCAGUGGAUCUGCAAGUUUUAUCUUGGCUGAAAAAUUAAAAUUUAUGAAGGCUAAGCUGAAGGAAUGGAACAGAAACAGUUUUGGAAGGGUUGAAUAUAGAAAGAAUACGGCACUGGAGCAGAUGGAGUAUUGGGAUGCAAAGGAGAAAACCAGCAGGCUGUCAUUGGAAGAGCUGGAAGCCAGAAACGAAGCGAAAGAAGAGUAUAAAAAAUGGGUCUUACUUGAAGAAAUCACGUGGAGGCAAAAAUCCAGGGAAGUGUGGCUGAAAGAGGGAGAUAGAAAUACCGGUUUUUUCCACAAAAUGGCCAACGCACAUAGGAGGAGGAAUAAUGUGGACAGAAUUAAGAUUAACGGAGCGUGGCUCACGGAGGAAAAUGAUAUCAGGGAAGGGAUCGCCAAUGCUUUUAAGACGUUGUUGUCUAAUCCGGGGGAAUGGAGACCUUCUGUUUCUGGGCUGCAGUUUGAGAUGUUAGAGCCUUUGGACGUCAGUGCAUUGGAGUCUCCUUUUAUGGAAGAGGAGGUGCGUGACGCCCUAGAAGGCUGUAAUGGGGAUAAAGCCCCGGGGCCAGAUGGAUUCUCUAUGGCCUUUUGGAUUUUUGCUUGGGAUUUCGUGAAGGCUGAUGUGAUGAGCUUCUUUAAGGAGUUUCACGAAAAUGACAAAUUUGUUAAAAGCCUAAAUGCAACAUUUAUGGUCUUAAUUCCAAAAAAGUAG